AGCCAACACCCUGAUUCAAUUCACUAGGCCCUCAGUCUUUACAGAGAUAGGAAGCAUGGAACUACUGAUAAUUUUAUCUAUUCUUGGUGCUUCAACAGCACAGUACACAGAGUGCCCUGAAUCCUACGGAGUUCAAAGCUAUCCUCAUGAGACUUAUUGUGAUAAGUUUUAUUUGUGUGUAAACGGAACUAGAACGGAGGAGAGCUGUGAGAAUGGUUUAGUGUUUGAUGGACACGGAUAUGUGCACAACCACUGUAACUAUAACUGGGCAGUAGACUGUGGUAAGAGAGUUUAUGAUGAUACUCCGAUCUCUUCUCCGGGUUGCCUGUAUCAGUACGGAAUAUAUCCUGUAGGAGAAGGAUGUCAGACUACUUUCUUCAAGUGUGCAGCAGGAGUAGCCUACGAGACUCCCUGCCAGAAAGGAUUAGCUUACUCCCCUGAACUCCACGUCUGCAACUACCCAGAUCAGACACCUUACUGUGAGAAGCAGAGCGAGGGCGUGGUCGGAUUCAAGUGCCCCGCCCCUCAUGAGCUUCCUCCUAAUGCUGUUGCCAGAAGGUUCCUGCCCUACCCUAGAUUCCCCCUACCCGGAGAUGAGAGCGCGUAUAUUGUUUGUGUCGGAGAUAGUCCCAGGAUUCACUACUGUGGAGACAACAGUAUCUUUGAUGAUCAGACACUCACCUGUCUCUACUAUGACGAGAAAACAAAACCAUAUUUUUAAACAACGCUGCUUAAACCAAACUAUCUGCUCCGAACCCAACAAUGUUUUUCUAAUCUUUAAUUCUUACCGAAUCCCAAUCCAACAUGUCUAGAGAAAAAAAACCCAAAUCACAGUAUUUCAACAUCUUAUUCAAGCCAAGCUAAAUUUCCUCCCCUCUCUUCCAAUACUAGUCUUCUCCCUCUUCCAUCCCUGAUCUUCUCUAUCCAACAUGAUCCUGAAAAUCUUCUCCCUCUUCCAACCCUCCACUUUUUUACCCAACCUAAUCCUGACAAUCUUGUCAUCCAAUCCUAAUCUUCUCAAUCCAACCUGAUCCUGGCAAUCUUCUCCCUCUUCCAACCCUGAUCUUCUCUACCCCACUAUAGUCUUCAACCUCUUCUAAUCCUAAUCUUCUCUACCCCACUAUAGUCUUCAACCUCUUCCAAUCCUAAUCUUCUCUAUCCAACCUUAAUCUUCUCUCUCUUCCAAUCCUGAUCUUCUCUACCCCACUAAAAUCUUCAACCUCUUCCAAUCCUAAUCUUCUCUAUCCAAUCUGAUCCUGGCAAUCUUCUCCCUCUUUCAACCCUAAUCUUCUCUAUCCAACCUUAAUCUUCUCUCUCUUCCACCCUGAUCUUCUCUAUCCCACCAUAAUCUUCAACCUCUUCCAACACUAAUCUUCUUUAUGAAACCUCAACCAAUCCUGCAAAUCUUCUCUAUCCAACUUUCUCCUUUUCAAAAUCUAUAUUGUUUAUUUAUUUAUUAUUUAUUAUAUAAAUCAGCUGACAGUAUUGCCAAUAAAAAUAAAUAUUUAU